GAGCAGAGCAGGACUAAGUAAGAGGAGGACAGACGCAUGCCGACCAGAGCACACCAACUCCACAAAGACGAAACAGCACAGGAGUUUGCAAGAAGAAAAGAAAGAAGGAAAACAUCUCCUUUUUACAUGGGCAAACUAUAGUGGAUAUCAAAGCUGCAUCACCAAAACUGUAGGAUUUGUGUAAGAGAUUUCUCUAUUUUUAAUUUUUUUUGUUUCUAUUCAUACUUUCCUGUUAAAUAAAAUGAUUUCAGUUGACUUGUAAGGUGUGGCAGGACUUUUGUGGAAGCCAAAGGAGGGUGAAAAUCAAAAAAAUCUGGACAGAAAGAAGUAAAAAAUAAACAGAAGAAGAGGCUUUGAACAUGCCCGUUGGAGGUUUUGAAUCAAGCAUGGGUAGGCUGCCCAGACAGUGGAUGUGGCUGCUGAUGCUCGCUGCCCUGAUGGUGGGCAAUGCCAGCGCCUGCCCGGCACUUUGUACCUGCAGCGGCACCACAGUGGACUGCCACGGACUGGGUCUCAAAACUAUGCCAAGGAGUAUUCCCCGCAACACCGAAAGACUGGAGCUGAACGGAAACAACCUCACACGCAUCACCAAGAGUGACUUUGCUGGCCUGAAGUACCUCAGAGUUCUACAGCUGAUGGAGAAUCAGAUUACAGUGAUCGAGCGAGGGGCUUUUGAUGACAUGAAGGAGCUGGAGAGACUGCGGCUGAACCGUAAUCAACUGCAGCAGCUUCCGGAGCUGCUGUUUCAGAAGAACCCUGGCCUGUCUCGGCUCGAUCUCAGUGAGAACUUCAUCCAAUCUAUCCCCCGGAAAGCAUUCAGAGGAGCUACAGACAUCAAAAACCUGCAGCUGGAUAAAAACCACAUCAGCUGCGUCGAGGACGGAGCCUUCAGAGCUCUGAGAGGCCUGGAAGUACUAACGCUGAACAACAACAACAUCAGCAGCAUUCCUGUCUCCAGCUUCAACCACAUGCCCAAACUCCGAACUUUCCGACUUCACUCCAACAACUUAAACUGUGAUUGUCACCUGGCCUGGCUGUCCCAGUGGCUCAGGCAGAGGCCUACAAUCGGCCUGUUCACCCAGUGUGCUUCACCCCCAGAACUCAGAGGACUCAAUGUGGCAGAGGUCCAGAAGCACGAAUUCACAUGCUCAGGUCAUCAGGAGUCUUCCAGCCUGCAGCCGUGCAGCACUGGGGGAGGCUCCUGUCCUGCCAUGUGUACCUGCAGCAACAACAUCGUGGACUGCAGAGGGAAAGGUCUAACUGCUAUUCCAGCCAAUCUGCCUGACAGCAUGUCGGAAAUACGUCUGGAGCAGAACGGGAUCAAGUCUGUUCCUCCUGGAACCUUCUCUCCCUACAAGAAACUGCGCAGGAUAGACCUGAGCAACAACCAGAUCUCAGAGAUAGCUCCUGAUGCCUUUCAGGGCCUGCGCUCUCUCAAUUCCCUUGUGCUAUAUGGAAAUAAGAUCACCGACCUGCCGAAGGGUGUGUUUGACGGCCUCUACUCUCUGCAACUGCUGCUGCUGAAUGCCAAUAAGAUUCAUUGCGUUCGUGCCAAUGCCUUCCAGGAUCUGCAAAAUCUCUCCCUGCUAUCGCUGUACGAUAACAAGAUCCAAACCCUUGCCAAGGGCACCUUCACUUCACUUCGAGCUAUUCAAACCCUUCACCUGGCACAGAACCCGUUUAUUUGUGACUGCAAUCUGAAGUGGCUCGCAGACUACCUCCGCUCCAACCCGAUCGAGACCAGCGGCGCCCGCUGUGCCAGUCCACGCCGCCUCGCAAACAAACGAAUCGGACAAAUCAAGAGCAAGAAGUUCCGCUGCUCCGCCAAAGAGCAGUACGUCAUCCCAGGUACUGAAGACACCCAUUUGAAUAAUGUCUGCAACACUGAUCCUGUGUGUCCACCCAAGUGUCGCUGUGAGUCCAAUGUAGUGGACUGCUCCAACCUGAAACUCACCAAGAUCCCCGAGCACAUCCCUGCGUCCACAGCUGAACUCCGCCUUAACAAUAAUGAACUAACAACUCUUGAGGCUACCGGUGUGUUUAAGAACCUUUCCCAACUCAAGAAAAUUAACCUGAGUAACAAUAAGAUCACAGAGAUUGAGGAUGGAGCGUUUGAAGGUGCAUCAUCCGUCUUUGAGCUUCACCUCACAGCCAAUCAAAUCGACUCAGUUCGAAGCGGGAUGUUUCGAGGCCUCGAGGGACUUCGUAUGCUGAUGUUGAGGAACAACAAAAUCAGUUGUGUUCACAACGACAGUUUCACAGGGCUUCACAACGUUCGUUUGCUGUCUCUGUACGACAACCAUCUGACCACCAUUACUCCGGGGGCCUUUGACACGCUGCAGACUCUCUCUACUCUAAACCUCUUGGCCAACUCCUUCAACUGCGACUGUCGGUUGGCGUGGCUUGGCGAUUGGCUGAGGAGCAGAAAGAUUGUGACAGGUAACCCUCGCUGCCAGCGCCCGGCCUUCUUAAAGGAGAUCCCCCUCCAGGAUGUAGCUCUGCCAGAUUUUCGCUGUGAGGAAGGCCAAGAGGAGUCGAGCUGUGUUCCUCGACCCCAGUGUCCCAGCGAGUGUGCUUGUCUAGAGACUGUGGUGCGCUGCAGCAACAAACAUCUCCGCACACUACCCAAAGGCAUCCCCAGGAAUGUGACUGAACUGUACCUUGAUGGCAACCAGUUCAGUGUUGUUCCUAAGGAGCUGUCUUCCUUCAAAUACCUACAGCUGGUUGACCUGAGCAACAACAUAAUCUACUCUCUGAGCAACACAUCCUUUGCUAACAUGAGUCAACUGACCACUCUAAUCCUGAGCUACAACUCUCUGCGCUGUAUACCCAAAAUGGCUUUCAGUGGACUGCACUCACUGCGACUGCUGUCUCUUCAUGGAAAUGAAAUCUCAGAGCUUCCAGAUGGCAUAUUCAACGAUGUGACCUCCCUCUCCCAUUUGGCAAUUGGCGCCAACCCUCUGCACUGUGACUGCCACCUGCGCUGGCUCUCUGACUGGGUGAAGACCGGAUACAAAGAACCCGGGAUCGCUCGGUGUGCCGGCCCACAGGGGAUGGAGAGUAAACUGCUCCUCACCACGCCGGCUAAGAAAUUUGAAUGCACAGGUGAUGUAGACAACUCUGUGCUGGCCAAGUGUAAUCCAUGCCUGUCCAAUCCCUGCCUGAAUCACGGCAUCUGUCACAAUGACCCAACGGAGAUAUACAGGUGCAACUGUCCUCCUGGAUUCAAGGGCAGGAACUGUGAAACAGCUCUGAACGGCUGUGUGAGUAGCCCAUGUGCCAACGGAGGAACCUGCCAAGUGACUGACGAGGAUGAGGGAGAGUACCGCUGCUCCUGUCUGCCGGGCUUUGAGGGCCCGACUUGCCAAAUCAAUGUUGACGACUGUGAAGACAACGACUGUGAGAACGGAGCAACAUGCAUUGACGGAAUCAACAACUACACUUGUUUUUGUCCCCCCUACUACACGGGGGAGAUGUGUGAAGAAAUGGAAGAUGUGUGUGCUCCAGGACGAAGCCCCUGUCAACAUCAGUCUACCUGCCUCAUCAGCACCUCUGGGCCCAAGUGUGUGUGUUCUCCUGGUUAUGUUGGCGAUGACUGCAGCGUAAACUACGAUGACUGCAGGGAGCAUCGCUGUCAGAACGGAGCUCAGUGUGUGGAUGAGUUGAAUGGAUAUUCGUGCAUCUGCCCGAACGGAUAUAGCGGUCAGUUGUGUGAAGUUCCCCCAUCUCCUCUGUCUUUGUGUGAGCUGGCAGACUGCCAGAACAACGCCCCCUGUGUGGAGCGAGGUGGCCGCGCUCUCUGCCAGUGUCCUCCAGAGUUUGGGGGUCCACGCUGUGAAAAACUGGUCAGCGUCAACUUUGUUGACAGAGAUUCUUAUUUACUACUCUCUGACCUGAAGAAUUGGCCACAAGCUAACAUCACCCUACAGGUUUCUACGGCCGAGGACAACGGUAUCCUGCUGUACAAUGGUGACAAUGAUCAUAUUGCAGUGGAGCUCUUCCAAGGCCACGUAAAAGUGAGCUAUGAUCCCGGCAGCCAGCCAGGACACGCCAUAUACAGUACCGAGACCAUCAAUGAUGGUCAGUUCCACACAGUGGAGCUGGUGACCUUCGACCAGAUGGUGAACCUGUCCAUUGAUGGGGGUCUCCCUACCACAAUGGACAGCUUUGGGGCAGUGCGGCCCCUCAACGGAGAGGCACCACUAUACGUGGGGGGUAGGGGCCCUCUCCAGAACACACCUCCCUCCUCUGCAGGCAUGCCUGUGGAUGUCCACUCUGGAACUUUCCGUCUCUGGCAGAUCCAGAACGGUUCCAGCUUCCACGGCUGCAUCCAGAACCUGUACAUCAACAACGAGCUCCAGGACUUCACCAAGACUCAAAUGAAGCCCGGCGUGGUGCCGGGCUGUGAGCCCUGCAAGAAGCUCUACUGUGUCCACGGCAUCUGCCAGCCCGACGGGUUGCAGGGGCCCGUGUGUCACUGCCAGCCAGGUUGGAGUGGCGCGCAUUGUGAUCAGCCAGCUCUCAACCCUUGCCAGGGCAGCAAGUGCGUCCAUGGAAAGUGCAUUCCUCUGGACCUGCAGUCAUAUCGCUGCGAGUGUGAAGAGGGCUACCGAGGCGCGUUAUGCAACCAGCAAGGAGAGCUGUUCAAUCCCUGCCGCCGCCUCACCUGCAAACAUGGCCGCUGCCAGAUCUCCGACAGCGGAGACGCGUACUGUCACUGCGAAAGCGGCUACACGGGGGAACUCUGUGAUGCAGAGUCCGAAUGUCGAGGUGAGCCGGUGCGAGACUUCUACCAGGUGCAGCGAGGCUACGCCAUCUGUCAAACAACCCGCAUGGUGUCCUGGGUGGAGUGCACCGGAGCUUGUGACACGGGGAGCUGCUGCGUCAGCCAGAGGAUGAAACGCCGAAAAUACACCUUCGAGUGCAGCGACGGAACGUCCUUCACCGAGGAGGUGGAAAAGACCAUCAAGUGCGGCUGCGUGGGCUGCAUGUAGCACCGUUGACCCGCUCUUCCUGCCGCUGCUGCAGAGCAGAAUAUCGAAAGCAAGGAAAGAAGGAAGGAAGGAAGGAAGAAAACUGCUGAAAGGUGGAGGAGAGAAAGCAAGAACGAAAGAGAUUAUACAGAAUAUAUAUAAAACCUCUAUCUAUAUAUUAUGGACAACAAUGUUUGUAAAAUAGGACAUUUCCUCUCCUGUGUGAGGAUGUGUGACCUACAUUAAAACAGAAACACCCUGAGCAUCAGUGUAGGUGUGACAACAACAAAAAUAAAACCAUAGUAUCUGCAACAUUGUUCCAAGGGGUCCAGAGAUUUUGUAGGUGUUGCAUUCAGAGUGAGGCAUCCUUCCUACCCAAACUAUCCCAUAAGAACACUUCAUCUAUCUGUGAGGCCUCCAAUGGCUCAGCCACCAUCAUCCAUCUUGAGCCCACGGAGGUAAGAAGGACAAGAGGGUUUAUUUUAGCUCUAGAGAUAAAAAGAGAGCCGAGUCUUGAGUUGAGCUUGGCUUGGUUACCUGGACAGUGUUGGACACGGGUUGGAUUUAGUUGAAGACGCCACCCAGACCGGUGCCAUCAUUUCUCCACCAGGAUACUGCCCUCCGAUGCUUACACCUACAUGUCAGAGUGAACGUAAGGGGAAAAGGGAACCUAGGGUUUAAGGGGGCUGCAGUGUUGUGAGUUUGAGGCGAGGAGAAGAGAGAUGUUUGCCAUAAACUCCCACAACAUAGAAAUCCCCCUCAAAUAAAGACUGCACGGACUGGCAGCCGGACUCAUCUCUGUGAAACACACGGUCACACAAGCGUGGUACACAAUACAAUCCCGACGUGGCUUGGAAGGGCUGGUGUGGCGCAGCUGUUCCCCUUUUGUUCAUACAGUACAAGUGGCCGUGGCAGAGUCAGCGCCCCCCAGCAUGUAUCGCCCCAGGGUGGGGAUGUUUUGCAUAAUCCUGCAGGAGGCCGAGUGACCCUGCUCCCAUCGAUGCCUGUAGUAUUAAACCACCACAAACUGUUGCAUGUGUGGAGAGUUUGCCAACAAAUAUGUAAAGAUUUUUUCCGUAUUAUUAUGAAGAUUAUUACAAAAGGUUCAGUCAUCUUUUGUUUGUUUUUAUUUUUAUUCGACUUUCUUAUAUAUUUCUUUGUUAUAUUUUGUUAUAAUUUGUCUCAUGACGUAUUCUAACUUCUUUAGUUGUCCUUGCCCAGUUUCCCACCCCAUCCUAUAUUGUAAUGCCUAACAGAUUCUAAUAUAUAUAUAUAUAAAUAUAUAUAAAUAUAUUUGUAUUUCAUUUGGUAUAGUAUUUUUCUAUGUUUAAGAGUACGUCUGUGUUAGGAAGCAUUUAGACUGGUGGAGAGGCAUUCAGUUGGUUUCCUAGUUGUUUUUUGUUAUCUGUUGAUCUCACCUUCUUCUCCAGCAAAGUAAUUAUUUGUACGGACAUAAAAGGCAGUAUUGGUCUAGAGAAAUUGUGAAAUAUUGUAUAUGUUGUCUUCCAUGUGAAUAUUACAUCUACUUCAUGAGAAUCUGUGCUUGUUUUUAAUUUAUUUUAAGCAUAAGUGUUGCUGGCAUUCAAAUUUGAAAAUAAGGUCCAAAGAAAUGCUCAAAAUGACAGCAGGAAAAAGUGCAUGGAGUGUUUCUAACGUCUCUCCAUAGUGAGCUAUGACAGUGGUUUUUUUUUUCUCCCCUGAGGCUCAGAUAUUUCUACUGUUUAGUGUGAGCUUGGAGCUCAGAAUGAAAUAUCCCACACAAAUUUGUUUUGUAAAUUAAUUGCCUGACCACACAGAAAAGCGUUCAUCUGUUUCAUGUUUCUAUGCGAUGGGCAUCAUUUUUACCAUUUUAUUCUGAGAGAUGUUUGCCAUAGAACGAAGGUGUAUCUUGUUUGUUCUUUAGCUAAGAUGGGCUCAACCGAUCAUAAGCUGCUGUCAAGCCUCAAGAAAACAGGAUGAAGUUGCCCCUGUGGACACUGAUCAUGUUAAGGUGGAUCAUCCUUAUAUUUCUUUUUUUAGGGGCGACUGUGAGAAGCAUUACAUGCCAACUACUGACAGAUAACAAGAAAAGGCCUGGACACGUUUACUGUCUGUCAGUUUCGGACUGGUUAUCCUCACAGAAAAGAAAGAGAAGAAAAAAA